AUGACCGCCAACAUCUCGCCUUCGGCUGCCGCAUACCAGCCGCCAAAGCCGACAGCCCUCGACCAUCCGCUUAUGCCCACCGUAAGAUCGGUGGCGACGCCUGCAGCACGGCCGGCUGCUGAAAGCCGAUCGAAUACUUCUGCUGUGAAAGUGACCAUGCCGAAGUACUGGCAUAAUGACUAUCCAAGCGUCUGGGCUCCAUUACGGCCUACUCUUCGCAUCACGUUCAGAACGCUAUGCUUGUUCGCCCUCGGACAAACUACUCUGGAGCAUAGGUGGAGAGUAUUGACCGCCAGGAGCGGAGACGAGUAUAAAGACGAUGUUGCUCGGAUUACGAGCAUGCUCACUGCCCUCAAUGUCAUCUCUGGCUUCCUCUUGACAGGUACCGCCGCGCUCAUCACGACAGAGCCUCCUAGGACGGAUAUCUUAGAUUACACAAGACGCGUUCCGGCAAUCUGCUUCAUCCUGUCCUUCUCUAUUGCCCUCUGCGGUAUCAUAUACGCUUGCGCCGCUCUGGCUAUCCUCUCGGCAGCCACGCGGAAGUGGCAGCUCGAGGUAACAAUGGCGACCAGAGGAAGGAUCUGGAUGACCCUUCUAUUGCUUUCACUGCCAUUCAUCGCCAUCUCGAUAAGUCUCGGCAUGGCCGGUUUGGGCUUGCUCGUCGCCGCUUGGAGCUCAAAAGACACUGCCAUGCACGUGGUGACCGGUAUCAUCAUGGGUGUCGGAACUGUCUUGACUGUGGUAUUCUUCGCGGCUAUUGCUGGAACGCGACGAAAAGGUCUUGCCGCAAAGUAUCAGCAACUCUCCGCAGGCGAAGGCGCAUAA